GUUAAGAUUAGAUUGCGAUGUGACUCAUCAUCAAACAAAAUCUUCAACAAGGAUGAGUGGCAAUCGAAGCUAGAGCAGGCCUAACUGAGCAGUGAGCACUCCAAUCACGUCUCUUUAUACAACUCCCAUGGCCUCCGCCACCCCCAGAUCCCUCAAAGCUCGUCUCAACAACGGUGAAGGGCCCUUCUAUGGCCUCUUCCUCCUCAGCUUCUCACCCACCCUCGCCGAGAUCGCUGGCCAUGCAGGCUAUGACUUUGUCGUCGUCGACAUGGAGCACGGCUCCGGUGGUAUUUCCGAUGCCCUCCCUUGUCUGCUCGCCCUUGCCGCCACUGGUACCCCUGCCAUCCUCAGGAUCCCCGAUAACUCUCCCACCUGGGCCAAGAAAGCCCUCGACUUAGGCCCUCAGGGCAUCAUGAUUCCCAUGAUUGACUGCCCACUUUCCGCCCAGCAAGCCGUCUCCCAUUGCCGAUACCCACCCGCCGGAGUUCGAGGAGCAGCCUACCCGAUCGUGAGAGCCUCCAAGUACGGUAUCGACGAAGAUUACAUAAACAAGUGUGAGAGCGAGCUCUUGAUAAUGUGCCAGGUGGAGUCGGAGGAAGCCGUGAGAAAGGUAAAGGAGAUUGCUGCUGUUGAUGGGGUUGACUGCAUCAUGAUUGGGCCGUUGGAUUUGAGCGUGAGCAUGGGGUACCUGGGGGACCCAGGAAACGGGAAGGUGAAGGAGAUAAUUAGGGUGGCGGAGAAGGCGGUGCUGGAGACGAAAGCCGAGAAAGGAAGCGAUGGCGGGCGUGCAGGAGCUUAUCUGGCUGGUUUUGCAAUGCCACAGGAUGGGCCUGAGGAGCUUAAGAAGCGUGGAUACAACAUGGUGUGUGGUGCUGUUGAUGUGGGCUUGUUCAAGUCUGCUGCUGUUGAGGAUGUGAAAAGGUUUAAGAUGAAAUGACUUCUCAUGAUCACUCAGGACCCAUCCAUUUUCUUUUCGAUUUCCUGUUUGGUUUUGGGUUGUUCUUGUUGUUUUGUUUGAGGGGGAAUAGAUGAAGAGAUGAACUAUUGAUCUUACCUUCAAAUAAAGUUAAUAUUUCAUCA